UGGAGGCCACAACGAGUUCGCGUCAGGCAAGCCCACCAUUUCCUCUCCUGCUCCGGCGACUCGCCGAUGUCCUUAACCCUCGCUGGCCACCGUAUCCUCUUCCUUCUCCUCCUCCUCGUAGAGCUCCUCGCGCCGACUCGGUGCGCGGGGGAGUCGGCGACGUGCCUCGCCGUGUACCGGGAGGGGGGCGCGCCCGCGGUGUACCAGUCGGCGCACUGCCCCCGCUGGAGCCUCCACCCCGGCGGUGAGGAGGAUGGGGAACAGAGAUCAUCAUCUUCGACGCCGAGGACCUGCCACGUGGCGGCCCGCCGCGGUCGCCGGCGCUCCCAGGAGGACCGCGCCGUCUGCGCGCUCGGCAUCCGCAUCCCGUUCAUAGAGGGAACGAGGAUUAAAGAGGUGGAUGUUGGAGUGAUGGCAAUAUUUGAUGGUCACAAUGGAUCUGAGGCUAGUGAGAUGGCUUCUAAGCUCUUGCUGGAGUACUUUUUGCUCCAUGUAUAUUUUCUUCUUGAUGGUAUAUAUUCCAUCAUGUUCAAAAAAUCUACUGGAAAGCUGACAUAUAAGGAAGUUACGAUACUUAAUAACAUCCUUAACAUGUACAAAGAGGAUCAAUCCAUUCACAGGGAGAGUACUGAAAAAUGCAGGUCCUGUUGGACAUCUCCCGCUAUUCUAGAUCGAUCAUUUCACAUGGAAAUUCUGAAGGAAUCAUUAUUAAGGGCAGUUCAUGAUAUUGAUUUAACAUUCUCCAAGGAAGCUUUACGGAAAAAUUUCGAGUCCGGUUCGACGGCAACUGUGGUCUUGAUAGCCGAUGGACAAAUCAUAGCUGCUAAUGUGGGAGAUUCAAAAGCUUUUUUGUGCUCAGAAAGUCAUGCCCAUAACCGUCAAAAGAGGAAACGGAGAAGAAAGAGAAACUCAAGCAACCAUGACGACUUUGCUUUGGUAAAUUAUGAUGGACCUCUUUAUAACGUAAAGGAGUUGACCAAGGACCAUCAUCCGGAUAGAGAAGACGAGAGAAGCCGUGUAGAAGCUGCUGGUGGUACUGUUCUUGAGUGGGCUGGUGUAUACCGUGUUAAUGGUGAGCUAGCAUUAUCGCGAGCUAUCGGUGAUGUGCCUUUCAAACGGUAUGGUGUGAUAUCGACACCUGAACUGACAGGGUGGCAGCUUCUGUCAGCAAAUGAUAGCUUUCUUAUUGCUUCAUCUGAUGGUGUCUUUGAGAAAAUGACCAUGCAAGAUGUUUGCGAUAUGAUGUUGCAUGCAAAACUUGGUGUUAACCAGGGUUUCGAAACCUCUGUUGUCGCACAACAGAAUUUGGCAGAUUACAUAGUUCAUCUUGCUUUGCAGAAAGGAACAACAGACAAUGUAGCAACUGUGGUUGUUCCAUUGGUAUCUGCUAGUAGCUCUGUGGCUACAAUAGAAAAUGAGCUCCAUCUUGAAGAAAAUUCCAGGAAAUCUGUUUUGCCUUUACACACCAUUCCAUACCAACAUAAUUCUGAUGAUCGAGUUAGUUCAGCUGUUAUGGACAUGGAAUAUUUCAAGCACUCAUCGACAAAGUUUCAGAGAUUCUUGGUUGACGCAAAACUUAAUUCACUGGGUUGUUUCUACUUAUCUGAGAGUCUUGAUGAAGAUAUGGACUAUAUAUUCAGAGUACCAGAGUCCUAUCAGCAUGGAGGAGUCCGUGAUUUCAAUCACAUUCCAACUGAAAAUGUGUUAUAUUCUGAUGGAUAUCUUGAAAAAUACAAGGACAGAAACUUUUGCUGGUACCUUGGCCAUCAAGAUGAUGAGCUGGGACGGUGUAAUAGUCCUGAAGGUUUUGCAAAUUAUUUUGGUUUGCUUGAUUCUGUUUCACACAAUGGAAGCAAUUUGAACAGUUCACAUUCAUUUGGCUACAACAUAGCUGAUAUCAGAUACAAGCUGAAGAAGAGAUUUGAUCGCGGUUCAUAUGGUGAAGUCUGGUUGGCGUUUCGUUGGAAUUGCUCUGAUGAUAUAGAUGCACAUAAAAAUCCUUCCCACUUUAGCACUAUACUAACACCAGACUCAUAUAAUUGCACAAGUUCGAAUACAACAUCAUCUUAUGAAGAUAAUGUCUCAGACAUAAUAGAUGGUGAUUUAUUCAUAUUGAAGCGCAUAAUGGUGGAGAGAGGAAAUGCUGCUUACUUGAGUGGAUUGCGAGAGAAAUAUUUUGGAGAAUUAUUUUCAAAUGCUUCAAAGACUCUUGAAGAAUUGUCAAGGAUGGAAUCAUCAUCUACAGCAUUUCCAGUGGACAUGCAAUUCGUUCAGUAUACCUUUCCAGAACAGAACAUGUCAGCUAUUGAAGAAUCACUGAAGCAUGUGGCUAGGUUUAUAGAAUCUUUUGAAUCAGAAUCGAAGGAAAUCUGGCUUGUGUACCGCAAUGAAGGCCGCUCAUUAUCGAAACUGAUAUAUGCAGCCGAAGAAACAAAGUUAGUUACUGGUGAUGAUAAUGAGAGGGUCAGACAUAUUCAAGUUCUGCAACCAUCAAAGUGGUGGUAUUGGUUAAGGACAACUAAAGCUGGACAAAAGCAAAUGCAAAACCUCUUGUGGCAGCUGCUGAUGGGUCUGAAGGCUUGUCAUGAUCGUAAUAUCACUCACAGGGAUAUUAAACCUGAGAACAUGAUCAUCUGCUUUGAGGAUUUGGAGACUGCAAAGUGUUUAAGAGAAAUUCCAUCCGAAGCAAAGGAAAACAAGCUUAAUAUGCGCCUUAUUGACUUUGGCAGUGCCAUUGAUGAUUUUACUUUGAAGCAUCUUUAUGGUUCAGGGCCUACUCGGUCUGAGCAGACUUUUGAGUACACUCCUCCAGAGGCACUCCUUAAUUCAAGUUGGUUUCAGGGAUCAAAAACUGCACGACUGAAGUAUGAUAUCUGGAGUGUUGGUGUUGUCAUGCUGGAGUUGAUUGUAGGUUCACCACAUGUUUUCCAGAUAAGUGACCGUGCACGUGUUCUAAUGGAUCAGCGCCUCGAAGGGUGGAGUGAGCAAACGAAGGAGCUUGCAUAUAAGUUGAGGUCUUACAUGGAACUGUGCAUUUUAGUCCCAGGGAUUUCCUCGCAACAUCAGGGCAGCGGUAACUCAGAACGGGGUCACGCGGGGUUGGCUUCUUGGAAAUGCUCUGAAGAAUCAUUUGCCCAUCAAGUGAAAAUCAGAGAUCCUCUUAAAAUGGGUUUUCCUAAUUUGUGGGCAUUGCGACUAGCACGUCAGCUACUAGUGUGGCAUCAGGAAGACCGCCUAACCGUUGACGAAGCACUGAAUCAUCCUUACUUUCAAGAGCCACCGUAACUGAUACAUGAUAAUGAGAUCUAACUGACCAGAGGGUCUUUAACAGGCCUUUCAAGUUUAACCGACAUCCAUGCGUUGAGUUUGGUCAACUGAUCUGUGAAUGAUUUGUAAACAUGCAUCAGAUGUUGUAAAUAUUGCUGGAAAAAUUACAUAGUGCAACAUAGGUAGCGAUAGAUUGAUUAAAGAUAGAAGAUAGAGAAACUGUUGUAUAGGUUGAUAGGUAGAUCCAAAUCGAAGCUAAUGAAGGUGUAUUUGAGGAUUUUUACCUUUUCAGCUGUGCUGGAAGAAUUGUGUGCUUAGGACAUUUUGGUUCCUUGGCACAAGCUUCAGCAAUGCUAAGGAAUCUUGCCAUCACAACAAGUAAUUGGUUUGUCCUUGAAAAGCAAUGGUUUGCAAGAGGA